AUGCCUCCCCCAAAGGUCGAUACAGAAGCCCCUCCCGUCCCCGAAACCACUCCCUCCUCCCGAACCUCCGGCAGCGACGCCGGCGAUAGCCCCGGCUCCGGUCCCAACAACACCAAAAACACCUCCACUCCCACCGGCGGAGGAGGCCGCGCCUCGACCGCCGCCCUCCUCCGCAACCCGCUCGUCAGCCUCACGCACGAUGAGAUCCUCAAAGACGCAGACACCUUCACCGAGACAAAGGGCCUGCAGGAACACCGCGAGGUCUUUCGCAAGGGCGCUCUGGUCGCGCAGGUGAUUAACCGCCCCGACGGCUUCGAGUCUGUAGCCGCUCUCGACGAAGAAGAGAAGGCUGUUCUGCGGAAGGAGGUCUCGCAUCGUUGGCAUCAGCCUAUGUCGCUCUACUUCUUGUGUGCUCUUUGUGCGGGCUCGGCUAUUGUUCAGGGCAUGGAUCAGACAGCCGUCAAUGGCGCCCAGGAAUUCUACUACGAGACGUUUGGUCUCCAAGACGACCCAACAAUGCAGGGACUCGUCAACGGCGCGCCUUACCUCUGCUCCGCCCUCGUCGGGUGCUGGAGCUCGCCCAUCUUGAACAAAUACACCGGCCGCCGCGGUACAAUUUUUAUCUCGUGCUUCAUGUCCGUGGUCACCGGCUUCUGGAUGGCUGCCGCAGACAGUUGGUACAACCUCCUCAUCGCACGCUUCUUCCUCGGUUUCGCAGUCGGCGCGAAGAGCAGCACCACGCCCGUGUACUCUGCUGAGAGUACGCCCAAGACUAUCCGCGGUGCAUUGACGAUGAUGUGGCAGAUGUGGACAGCCUUUGGCAUCGCUUUGGGCUUCAUCGUAUCCGUCGCCUUCGCCAACACGGAUUUCCUCGGACCGAACACGCAAUGGCGCUGGAUGCUGGCUAGUACCUCCGUGCCGCCCCUCAUCGUCAUGGUACAGGUCUACUUCUGCCCAGAGAGUCCACGGUGGUACAUGGAGAAGGGCAAAUACCAACACGCCUUCCGAUCGACACUCCGGCUACGACACCACCCAGUCCAGGCGGCCCGGGACAUGUACUACGCCCACAAGCUUUUGGAAAUCGAGACGAGAGCCCGCAGCGGCCGCAACUGGAAGGACUUCUUCACCGUUCGUAGAAACAGGCGCGCUGCGCUGUCUUCGUAUUUUGUCAUGUUUAUGCAACAAUUCUGUGGCAUCAACGCCAUGAUGUACUACUCCACAAACAUCUUCGAAACAUCCGGCUUCGACCGCUCAACAGCCCUCCUCACCUCAAUGGGAAUGGGCCUCAUCAACUGGCUCUUCGCCCUCCCAGCCUUCUACACAAUCGACACCUUUGGCCGCCGCAAUCUUUUGCUAGUAACCUUCCCCCUAAUGUCCCUCUGCCUCUUCUUCACAGGCUUCUCCUUCUUCAUCCCCGAGGGAACAGGCCGCCUCGCCUGCGUCGCGACGGGGAUAUACCUCUUCGCAGCAGUCUACUCCCCCGGCGCGGGCCCCGUCCCCUUCACCUACAGCGCGGAAGCCUUCCCCCUACACAUCCGCGACAUCGGCAUGUCCUCCGCCACAGCGGUGACGUGGGGCUUCAAUUUCAUCAUCAGCUUCACCUGGCCGCAGAUGAUUUCUUCGUUUGGGGUGACGGGCGCGUUUGUGUGGUACGCGUGCUGGAACCUCGUCGGGUUUGUGGUAGCGUACUUCUUCCUGCCAGAGACAAAGGGCCUGACGCUCGAGGAGCUCGAUAGCGUGUUUGAUGUAAAGAGUCGCGACCACGCUGGGUACUAUGCUUCCAAGAUGCCGUGGUAUGCGAAGAAGUAUGUCUUGCGCCGGGAUGUUGAGCCGUUUCCUGCGUUGUAUGAGUUGGACGGGGAUGAUGAACCCGGGUAUCAUGAGAGAGGAGGAGAGCGCAAGGCUACUGUCCAUCAUGAUGAGACGGGCCUUGUUACGGGACAAUCUGCUGAGAAGCAGGUGCCGUAA